AUGCUGCAACUGCUGCUUGAAGUUAGUUUAUUGGCAGCCGCUGCUUCAGCCGCUUUCACUGGAUUGGGCUCAUCAGCAUAUAAACCAUACUGCUGUACUGCAUGUCGAGCAGCACUUGCCUCUGCAACACUUUCUUGUACACCUCACCAUCAUGGAGGCGGCCAUUCUCAUGGCCCGAUGACACCACCCGAUUGCUAUGCAGGUGACGAAGCAUUUCUCUCUAGCUUAGCUUACUGUCUCAAUUCCACUUGCACUGGCGCCGAAGAACUUGCUGUGUGGGAAUUGGAAAAAUGGUGGGCUCAGAUGGCGACCGGUGAUCCUACCAUCACCCCCACCUUACUCUAUACUGAGGCGCUCAAGUUGAUUGACGAGCCUCCGCAAGAACAAUACAGCGCAGGUACCACGCUCAAUAGCACAAUGCUACCGAGCUCUUCGGCGCUUUCCAUGUACCAGAACUUCUAUCCAAAAUUCGAGGAGAAUAGUAGCUUGCUCAACAAAUACAGUCUCAUCAUUCUUGUCGUUGGCUUUGCGACACCCCUGCUCGUUAGCUGGAUCGGCUAUGCUCCAUUUAUGAUAUUCCUAUACGGAAAAGUCGGUCCAUGGCUGGUCUACCCUUCAAUAUUUGGCCGACGUCACACGCAGCCUCUUCCAUGGCUUUUGGGAAACGUGCCAACCAUGGGUCAAUUUCAGUAUAUUGCUAUGUUCUUUAUUCUAAACCUUGUUCUCAGCGCAGUUGGCUACACCUCCAUCCAGCCUCACCCGUGGGGCUACAAUAAGUUCCAAGAAAUCAACGCAUAUAUUGGCUAUCGUACUGGAGAAUUCGGCUAUGCAAUCUUGCCCUUAGUCAUUCUCUUUUCAGGGAGAAAUAACUUGCUAUUGUGGUUGACAAACUGGAGUCACAGUACAUUUCUAGUCUUGCAUCGAUGGGUUGCAAGACUUUUUAUCCUCCAUGCCAUAGUGCAUUCCUUAACCCUGCUCGUUGCAUAUAAGGGUUCUGGCAUUUACGCGAGCAACUUCCCACAAGCAUACUUCUCCUGGGGCAUUGUUGGAACUGUUUUGGCUGUUGCAAUGCUCUUCUCCAACAGCCUCUGGCUAAGAAGAUGGUCCUAUGAGGUCUUUCUAAUCCAGCACAUCAUUUUUGUGGUGCUCCUUCUUGUCGCGUGUUGGUAUCACGUCAUUCUCCGAUUUGGAAAGACUGGCUCCCACGAAAACUGGCUUUACGCCGCGAUUUCAGUGUGGAUUUUUGAUCGUCUUGCUCGUCUUGGUCGCAUUAUCCAAAACGGCGUGCACUAUGCGACAGUGACCGAUGUUGGGCCCGGUCAUGUACGUGUUACCAUUCCAGGCGUUCGCUGGGGUGCCGCCCCAGGCAUGCAUGCCUACGUACACUUUCCGACGUUCAAUAAGUGGCGCCCUUGGGAGAACCAUCCGUUUUCAGUAAACUCGACCACAUCUUUCUAUUCAUGGAGGAACCAUGAAGCCUUUUCAGAGACUGGCUCUAAUGAAGACAACCUAUCGAACAAUCGACAGAAAACAACAGAAAAGCCCUUAGCUUUCAGCUCUACAGUGAACCAACAGUUCCGGACUACUGCCGGAAUAAGCCUCAUGAUUAAGAAGCAUACAGGCAUGACCCGCAAUCUCCAAAAACACUCAAGGCUUCUGACAUUUCUGGACGGACCUUACCCGAAAUAUUCGUCAAAGGAAGUUCUAAAGUGUGACAAAAUCCUCCUUAUCGGUGGCGGUAUCGGCAUUACCGGUUUGAUUGCCUGGAUCAACUUACAUCCCAAUGUAAAGCUAGCGUGGAGUAUGAAAGAGGCUUCCAGCGCUCUGAUAGACGAGCUGGAGCCGGUGCUGCAGAGCUUUGCGCAGAAGGAGGUACUAGUAGGCCGCAGGAUCGAUAUCGAACAGCUACUAAGGAAGGAGGUACAAGAAGGCUACAAGAGUAUUGGUAUCGUAGUCUGUGGUCCAGGCGGGCUUGGCGACGAUGUGCGUGCUACUGCGGCUAGGCUAGGACGACAUGAAAAGACAAUCUUCCAACUGGAGGUCGAUGAUUUCUCGUGGUAA